CAGGUUGUCAGCGUCUCUUGACACUUGUCACCUUUGUCUCCCCCCUGCCCCAAGGCUGGCGCUCCCGUGAGUGGAGACAUCCAAGACCGUAUGGAAAUUCCAGGAGAGAGCGGUGCCUCCAGAUGAGCAGAGAUCAGGAAUUGCCGGUUUGUGACGACCGAUAAUUCUCUCUAAGGCGAUGGCGUGGACCAGAAUGAGAAAUAAAUUUCCGUCGCUGAUUGCAAAGUAAAAAAGAAGCAGGCGACAGACUGAGACUGCCAAGCGAAAGAUGGACCCUUGUGAAGAUCUGGCAAUGCCCAGCAGUAAGCUCCACGACUCCAGGGGGCAUGAACCCAAUGAACUUGAAGGACCACAGGCCAGGGCUCCUAAGGCCCUGGGGAAAGAAUCUGGCAAGAUGUGGAGCCAGAAAUACCAGCUGCAGAGCAGAAACGUGGAGAGCAGCAACAGGAAAAAGCUGGCCACUAUUGCUUCAGAACACACUUCCAAAAACACGGAUACCUUUGUGGCAGUUUUUUCAUUUCUGUCUGGAAGGUUCGUGCACAUUUCUGAACAGGCUGCUUCGAUCCUGAAUUGUAGGAAAGAUUUCUUGGAGUCCUCUCAUUUUGUUGAGCUGCUUGCCCCUCAAGAUGUGAGGGUGUUCUACACACACACUGCCCAUGCUCAGCUUCCCUUCUGGAACAACUGGACCCAAAGAGCAGCAUCACAGUGUGGAUACGCUCCAGUGAAAUCCUUCUUCUGCCGGAUCCGUGGAGGAGGAGACAGAGGGCAAGAGAAGCAUUCCUCCCCGUUCCGGAUCAUCCCCUAUUUGAUUCACGUACACAGCUCUGCCCACCUGGAACCUGAGCCCUGCUGUCUCACGCUGGUUGAGAAGAUUCACUCUGGCUACGAAGCUCCCCGAAUCCCAGUGGAUAAAAGAAUUUUUACCACAACACACACCCCAGGGUGUGUUUUUCUUGAAAUAGAGGAAAGAGCCGUGCCUUUGCUGGGUUACCUACCUCAGGAUCUGAUUGGAACAUCUGUCUUAAUGUAUUUGCACCCGGAGGACCGUUCUCUGAUGGUUGCCAUACACCAGAAAGUCUUGAAGUAUGCAGGCCAUCCUCCCUUUGAACAUUCACCUAUUAGAUUUUGUACUCAAAAUGGAGAUUACAUCGUAUUGGAUUCCAGCUGGUCCGGCUUUGUGAACCCGUGGAGCCGGAAGGUUUCUUUCAUCAUUGGUCGGCAUAAAGUCCGAACGAGUCCACUAAAUGAGGAUGUUUUUGCUACCAGAAUAAAAAAGAUGAACAGUAAUGAUAAAGACGUAACAGAAUUACAAGAACAAAUUCACAAACUUCUCUUACAGCCGGUUCACGUGGGUGCCUCCAGCGGCUACGGAAGCCUGGCGAGCAGUGGUUCUCAGGAGCACCACGUCAGCGUAGCAUCUUCCAGCGAGUCCAGUGGGCACUGUGCAGAGGAGAUACAGAAGGAACCGUUGACUUUGCAGCAGGUGUAUGCCAGUGUAAACAAAAUUAAGAACCUAGGUCAGCAGCUCUACAUCGAGUCAAUGACCAAAUCACCAGAUAAGCAAGUGAUGCGGACACGCACAGGACGGCUUGGUGGUGAGCAGAAGGCCUUUUCUUCCUUCCAGACACUGAAAAAUAAUAGCAAGUACAGUGAGUCUUGUGAGGAUUUGAGAAAAGAUCAGCAUAGCCCGUCCUAUCAGCAGAUCAACUGUAUUGAUAGCGUUAUCAGAUACCUGAAGAGCUACAACAUUCCAGCUCUGAAAAGAAAGUGUAUAUCCUGUACAAAUACAGCUUCUUCGUCCUCAGAGGAAGACAGACAAAACCACACGGCAGAUGAUGUCCAAGCAUUGCAAGCUGUUUCUCAGAUCCCAGCCAUACCUAAAUCGGAAAUGCCCACUGAUGGACAGUCCAUGGACGCUGAAGCAGGAGCUCCCCGGACCCUGUCCACGGCAGCACUGAGCCUGGGUUCUGGCAUCAGCCAGUGCAGUUACAGCAGCACCAUUGUUCACGUCCCGCCCCCGGAGUCAGCAGAAGUGACUCCCGCAGAGGAUCACACCCGAGCCUCUGAGCCCUGGACUGUAAGCAAACACCCAGCUCCACCAACCUCAGAGGAGCUUAAACACGUAGGGCUCACUAAGGCUGUGCUGUCAGCCCACACGCGGAAGGAGGAGCAGAAUUACGUCGGUAAAUUCCGGGAGAAGAUGCUGUCAUCGCCCUACAGCUCCUAUCUUCAGCAAGGAAGUAGAAGCAAAGCUGAAUAUUCAUAUGUUCAAGGAGAUUCCACUUCCAAGCAGAGCAGGUCAGCUGGUUUCCGGAAGGGGAUGCACAAGCGGAAGAAGCGCCCUGUGCCAUCAGACAGCAGGAGCUCUAAGGGCACCUCCCGUCCCCACUUUAGGGGAGAGGUCCGGAACGUACAGCCCUGGUGCCCUGCCCCUGCCUCCUCUCCUCACGCCUCUGGCCUGUCCUUCCCGGCUGCAGUGAUGGUUCCCAGCCAGGCCCCUUAUCUUGUACCAGCUUUUCCCCUCCCAACCGUGAGCCCUCAGGGAAAAGAACACACAGCCUCAGUCACUGCAGUGCAGUGUCCGCCUGAGCCGCUCCUAUCCAAUGGCUUGCAGCCUCUUCCAGCUCUCCCUCCUCCUUACUUAGACACUUUUAUGACCAUUUUCCUGCGUGACCCCCUUAUGUGUCCUCUGCUGUCACCAUCACUCUCCCCAUAUCCAUUUUUGGGAGCAACAGGCUCUUCUGAAAUACCACCGUCGGUAUCAGCAGUGGCUCCAAACCUGGAACCACCAUCUUCAGUCAUCGACCAAAGGAGAGGCGAGAAGUGGGAGACACAGAGUGGAGAGCACCAGUUCACUAGCUCGAGAAGCAGCUCACCGCUGCAGCUGAACUUACUUCAGGAAGACCCGCCCAAGUCCUGGGAGUCUUCAGACCAGAUGAGAGGGGAUGUUUGCCCAGAAGCUGAGUAUCAGUGUGUUACAGGCGACAGUGGGAACAGGAGCAGUCGUUUUCCCGCCAGUGAACCGUCCAUGGUGUUACUUCCCCAGGAGUCUCCGCCUGGAACUAGUUCUGCAGCAUCAGGAAGCAGUGACAGCAGUGUAUGCUUUGCUACUAGUGAUUUUCCUUCUGAGAUCACCCCAAAUGGGCAGCAGUCUCAGGAUGUACAGAGAAAAGAAACAUUUCCCAGUGUAGCUGAAGAGGCCAUCUGGAGAAUGAUAAAACAAACACCUGAGUGCAUUCUAAUGACAUACCAGGUGCCUGACAGGGUUAAAGAAAUUGUACUGGAAGAAGACCUAGAAAAGCUAGAAAGCAUGAGGCAGCAACAGCCACAGUUUUCUCACGGACAGAGGGAGGAGCUGGCCACGGUGCAUUCUUGGAGUCAGAGCCAGACUGUCCCUCAGGAAAUAGACCUCCAGGGCUGUGUCUCUUGCAAAAACAAAGAUUCAGUUGGUGAUGCUACAGAGUCCUGUGACCAAGAGCCAGCACAAGACAGCAGUUGAGCGACCAUGGAGAUGUGCCUGCACACCCUUUCCAGGACCUGCUGGACAGCUAGACCUCUGUGUGUGUUUCUUUAAACCCCUGACUCUUAAGUGACCAUAAGGUUAUCAUUGAAUGUUAAGGUUUUUCUUUCUUGACUUU